UAAAUUGUGAAACCUGAAGGACUGAAGUGGAUUAAAUCGUAUAAGUUGGGUACUAAAGAAUGUUUAAAUUCUUAACUUAAUAACUAUUGCUAGUAAUACUGGAAAACGAACAGGAAAUCUCCGGUCCGUCCUUUUCCCGUCGCCGCAAAACUCAAAAGUAAGGCAGCAGAGAGCAAAAGAAGCUUAAAAGGAUGGCAGCUACACGAGAAUUGCAACGUGACCUAGAAAACAAAGCCAACGAUCUUAGCAAACUUCAAAAAGAUAUAUCAAAGAACCACCAAAUCAGAAAGAAGUACACUAUUCAACUAGGUGAAAACGAGCUUGUUCUCAAGGAAUUGGAUCUGUUGAAUGAAGAUGCGAAUGUUUACAAGUUGAUUGGACCAGUGCUUGUGAAGCAGGACAUGGCUGAGGCUAGGGCUAAUGUAAAAAAGCGAAUUGAAUACAUUUCGGCCGAACUAAAGCGAUUGGAUAGUACUCUUCAAGACUUGGAAGAAAAGCAGAACAGCAAAAAGGAAACGAUUAUGAAGUUGCAGCAAAAGAUUCAGUCUCUCCAGGCUGGAAAAGCGAAGGCCUGAUGCGCCUUAGGGUCCAACAUUGCACGGGCAUGUUAAUUUGAUUUGCAUUAAAACAGGUCUUACUGUCCCAGAAACUCGAAGUGUUUUCUUUAUUGUUCCGUUGGCUUUUGUAGAUCAAGGGUUACAUGAUUUUGUAUGAUUUUUAGUCAGCUGUGAUAUUAACUUUAUAACUAGCUACGGUUCCUCUCCUAUGGGUGGUUAUUAUCGUGGUUGUAAUACUUUUCAAGGACAUGUUUCUGUAGUGAAAAUGGAAAACAACGCAUAAAAUUCUGCAAA